AUGGAGGUCGGCACUUCCUUUCUCCUGCAGUCCCUCUUGCACCAAAGGAUUGUUUCGAUAGGUAGGUCGGCCAAUGUCUCCUCGGUCGGGUUCGGUAGGUCGGCCGUUUAUCAAGGUCAUCUAUUUAGAUAUAGAUCGGUCGUUGAGUCCAGGCCGGUCAUCGGGUUAUGGGUCAGCCAUUUUAGCUGUAUUAAGGUCGGCCAUAUAAAGGUAGGUCGGCUAUUAGUCAUAGGUCAGCCAUUGAAUGUAGAUCGGCUAUUAGUCAUAGGUCAGCCAUUGAGUGUAGGAUGGUUAGUGAGCAUAGGUCGGCUGAGUGACAGGUCGAUUAAGUACAACUGCUUGGAGGUCGGCCGGCCUAUUUCACUUGUCGUUUGGGAUCGGCUCAUGGGGAGGACGCAUCUUCCGAGAGGUGUUCAGCCACGAACUGCGGGGCGGCCGGAUACGGUUGCCAUUAUCCUGAAUGGGUUGAGGCCGGCCUCGCCUCCGGGGAGUAUCGAUUCGACGUGUUUUACUGGUGGUUCCGGAUCGCCAUCUUCCUCGGCUGAGACGAGAUCAGGUCCGGAUGGUUCUGAUGCGGUUGUUGAUACUCCUAUGGCGAGUAGGGUAACUGGUCGCGUUGGCAAUGUUAGUAGUGAGCGCGUCGUUUCGGCUCGUCCUGAUGAAGGGUCCCCGGAGCCUUGGUCUCCUUUACAGUCUUCGGGCCGCGAGUUUCCUCGUUCCAAGUCGUCGGCACGAUCUUUGGAGGAUAUUUGGGAUGCUUGUGGGGUUGCCGAUCUAGAGUUUCGAGUACCCGGUACGAACGAGCAUCCUUGGACCCCUCCUCCGGGCAGGAUUUUCCACUACGAGUUUUGGUUCGAGCAUUGUCAGUUGUGGUUUCCGCUGCCGAAGCUCUUGUUGGACUAUUGCGAGGCUAGGGAGAUUGCAUUGACUCAGCUUUGUCUGGGUGCGAUCCGUAACAUGGUCGGCGCGAUUUUAGUGACGGAGUCAUGCAAUGUUGAGAUGAGCCUCCGUUUCUUCGAGGAGAUAUCGAAUGUAGGUUGGUAUACAAGAAGGGCCCAGCAAACGGUUGCCGUGAAUAUGAGAUCGGGGAACAAGGUCGUGACUAGCAUUGCGAAGAAGUCGCAUCGCUGGUGGGGGCGUUACUUCUAUGCCCGGGUGAACUCGGCGUUAGUUUGUGGUGGCGAUAAUAGGACGUUCGUGGAUCAAUGGAGUCCCGAAUUUGUUCUACAUCCGGUCGGUGAGGAGCGUCCUGUGGAUUUCGAGGAGGAUCUUGCAAAGAUACGACAGUUGGGGGUUCUGCAUUGGUCGACGAUUGUUGAAGCUCGAAGGGAUAGAAAUUCAUUUCGACGUGACAGGAAAGAUGGAGAAGCGAUUGUUGAAUGCUCCCAAGUUCUCUGGCUAGAAAGCUCCGCCGGCAUCCUCUGGAGAUGUGGCCGGCUCGUCUUCGUUGGACAAGAGGCCGGCCGAGCCGGAAGCGAGAGACGUGAGGAGCAAGUCGUUUCCGAUUCGUUUCGUGCGGGUAAGGAAGCGUCGGGGAAAACAGUCGGCACGCCCGGUGAGGCGGUUGAUGUGGUCGGCGGGCCUAGCAAAGUAGUCGAGGAUGUCAGGGACUACUCUUUUUCGUAUCGGUAUGACGGGACUGAUCUGUUUGCCUCUGACUCGGAUGCUUGCGUCGACUUAUACCGGAAGGUCAGUCAUUCCCAUAGGGAGUAUCCUCCUUACAAUGCUGAUGCGUUCGGGGCGAAGAUUUACCGGGCGAUCGCUAUGACGGUGAGCACCAACCAGCUCGAUUUUCUGCUGCGCCGAGAGAUGCGCAAACUAGGAGACGAGCUAGAUGUGUCCGCAGUCGAGAAGCAAAAGGCGGCCGAGCGGGAGGCAGCUGCAGCUGGGGAAAAGUUGAAGGCGGCUGAGAAGAGGGUGCUUGAGGAAGAGAAGCUCAAGGCCUCUCGUGACGAGGUGGAAGAUUACAAGGAAAGGUGGGAGAAGGUAAAGGAUCACUACCGCAAUCUAAAGUUAGAUUUGGCUAGGAUCAGGAAGGAGAGAGACGAUGGUACGAUGGCCGAGAGGAGACGCGUUCUUAGUUUGGUUAUUCCACAGUUCCGCGACCAGGUUGGCAAGUUCGAGAGGUUUUAUAGGAGCAACGAGGUGGUUCACACUGCCGUUUCUACUUACACGAUGGCUUCGGGUGUUUUUGACGCAUUCACUUCGAGAGUGAGCGAUAAGACUCAUCUUCCUAAGGGUACGAUGGCCAAGUUGGAGAGCGAGAGGGAUACCGCUAAGGCGAAGGCCUUGGCGUUGGGGGCUGAAGACAUCCAGGACGAAGACUUCGUCGUGGGUUUGGUUAGUGACUGGAUGGCGCUCUUGGCUUCUCCUUCGCCGGUGGAGGCCCCGGCAGAUCAGUACGGGAGUAUGUCGGCGGGCCUUGCUUCUAUAGACGUCUCCUCUCUUCGGUCCCCUGGUCGGAACCCAGCUUUGUUGAAUCUGGGUGCCAGACUGGGCUCGGCUCAUCCCGUUUAG